AUGUCUAUGAAAAGAAUCAACAAGGAACUCCAAGAUAUUGGCAGAGAUCCUCCUUCACAAUGCUCCGCAGGCCCAGUAGGUGACGACUUGUUCCACUGGCAGGCCUCCAUCAUCGGGCCCCCAGAUUCGCCCUACGCCGGAGGCGUGUUCUUCCUCGCCAUCCACUUCCCAACAGACUACCCUUUCAAGCCUCCUAAGAUCCAGUUUGAAACCAAAAUCUACCACCCAAACAUCAACUCCAACGGUAACAUCUGUCUCGACAUAUUGAAGGAACAGUGGUCCCCGGCUUUGACCAUCUCCAAGGUCCUCCUUUCCAUCUGCUCGCUUUUGACCGACGCAAACCCAGACGACCCUCUCGUGCCUGAAAUAGCACACAUUUACAAGACAGACCGUGCCAAGUACGAAGCAACCGCCAAGGAGUGGACAAAGAAGUUUGCCAUCUGA